UUAACGAUCUCUGCUGGUUAGGGUUCAGCCUCAGUUUUGGCAGUGACAUAUAAGGCUACUUCCUUGGUAGCAGUUUAUAUAAACCUGUCAGAGUUUGAGCAGAGAGACCUCUGCUGCAGAUUCGUCCUCAGCCAACUGGACAGCUUUGAGAAAGUUCUCAAGACAACGAUGGAGACCAACACUACCCCUUUCUAUCACAACAACACAAAUGUAUUUGGAAAUUACUCAGACGAGUAUGCUCAACUGAGAAAGUCUCUCAACAUCAUGUCUGUCGUUGUUUACUGCCUGGCCUUCGUUCUUGGUGUGCUUGGGAAUGGAGUGGUUAUCUGGGUGACCGGGUUCAAGAUGAAGAAAACAGUAAAUAUAGUUUGGUUCCUCAACCUUGCUGUGGCCGACUUCCUCUUCACAGCAUUCCUCCCCCUGAGUGUGACCUACACAGCCAUGGAUUUCCACUGGCCUUUCGGCAACUUCAUGUGCAGAGUUAAUUCCACCAUAACCUCCCUGAACAUGUUUGCCAGUGUCUACAUCCUGAUGGUGAUCAGUGUGGACAGAUGUGUGUCUGUGGUGUGGCCUGUCUGGGCCCAGAACCACCGAAAUAUACGCACAGCAUCUUAUGUGAGUCUAGGUGUUUGGGUACUGGCUCUGACUCUCAGCGCUCCAUACUUCAUCUUCAGGGAUACUUUUACGUAUAGUGAAAACACCACCCUCUGCUUCAACAACUUUGCUCUUUCUGAUGAUUAUGAAACACCAUCUGUGAUUGAGCUACGAAAUUUCCGUCAUCAGGCCAUGACCAUCACUCGCUUCCUCCUGGGAUUUGUUGUUCCCUUCACUGUCAUUGUCUCCUGUUACGCUGUGAUAAUCCAUCGUCUCAGGAGGAACUGCAACCUGGCCAGCAAGUCGAGUCGCCCCUUUAAGAUCAUCGCUGCUGUUAUCACCACUUUUUUCCUGUGCUGGGCUCCUUUUCACAUCGUGCUCUUAAUAGAGUUAGUUAAUUUCACGGGUUCUCAAACAUUCGGCUAUGUCCUCUCUAUUGUUAUACCUAUAGCCACCAGCUUGGCCUUUCUCAACAGUUGUCUGAACCCACUGCUGUAUGUGUUCAUGGGCCAAGAUUUUAAGGAUAAAGCCCGCAAAUCCAUCCUGAAUGUAUUGAAGACUGCCUUCCAGGAAGAGGAGACACACUCUCACACUGACACAAAGACAGCAGACACCAGUCAGACCAAUGACAAGUCAGCUCUUAGCACUGCGGUGUAAGGGUGUCCAAGACAAGAAGAGACAAAUACUGAAACUUUACAUAGAAAAUCAAAUAAAGUUUGUUUUUUUCUUUUGCUUUUAAUGCCUUUUUUGUGAAUUUUGCUGUAUUUUUGGCUAAGUGAUCAGGUCUAUCAAAGAGUGCUGCCUUUUAACUACAUCAACAGUAUUUACACAAUUUGAUGCAACAGACUGAUGGUAAUAUUGUACAAUAAAAUGUGAUGCCUUUUGUGUGAUAAACUUUUGCUGAACAAGGUUGUAGUGGGAUGUUUUCUAUAAUACAGCACAAAUGUCUACAUGAGAUUGACACUGUCCUGUCAUUGACUCUCUUGGACUCUCCUGGACUCCCAGCAGUGUCUUGAAUCUGUACCAUAACAGAGCUCAAAAGGGUGAAAUGCAAUAAAAUGCAAUAUCCUGGAAAAAA